ACUGCGUAAAAGUUGCCGUCGUCAGUUGUGCCAAAGCGUAAUUGCGUAAACGUGGUACAUUGGAAAGGAAAGAAGGCUAAAAUGUGUUGAUUUACAAUAUUCAUUUACAUUUACAAUAUGCCUGCAUCUGCACGCGACGACAAGAAGGCAAACCUUGGCAAAGUGUUGAGUUUUCUACGCGACUGGGACCGCGCGGACAAAACAACGCGCGCUCGUAUUCUGACAACUUUCCUCUCUGAGACCUCCGGGAAGACCUUCCACGAACUGGAGAUGGAGUUUGCUCAGGUGGCCAGUCUCUUUUUGGCACGAAUCACGACGUGGAUGAGACUCACAUACAAGUUUAGUUCAUCCCUAUGGCUACAGCUUAAAGCAAUACAGAUUUUUCUGUCUGCAUCCAGCCAGGAUCAGUACCUAACGGAGUUCCUGGAGGAUGGAGGGGUUCUCACAUUAAUUGAUAUUUUAAAUCAAGGUCAAACUAAAGGGGAGGACAGAGCUGAAGUGCUUAAUGUUUUGUUGAUUGUUUCAAACACCGGUCGCAAGUACAAAGAGUUCAUCUGUGAAAGCAAGGGUGUCAGUGCUUUAGCAGAGUGUUUAACCAUACCAUAUUCUAAUGAGAUCCUGGAGAAAGCAUGUGCAGUCCUAGAUUCACUGUCCCAGGGAAAUCCGAAAUAUCUAAACUAUGUCUACCAAGAACUCAUUGCACUGUUGUUGAACACAUCUCCCAAAAGUCAGAAGAUGCUCCUGCGCACUUUACGGUCUUUGCAGUCCAAGAUGAAGACAGCUCAUCACAGUAUUGUGGGUCCUCUUCUUGAAAUGCUCAAGACCUUACAGCUGGAAGUUCAAGAUGAAGCAAUUAACUUGAUUUUAGAACUGAAGAAUUUUGAUGUGAGGCCACUUCUCCUGAAUGAACUGGUGACUUUUCUCAGACUAGCAACUGAGGAGCUGAGUAACUAUCAAACUUCACAAAAUAUUUGUUUAUUUUUUCCACAUUAUUAUAGACAGAAAAUUUCCUUUCAUGACUUUUUUAUUUCAGAAAUGACAAGGAAAACUGGAUCGUUGCCUGAAUUUGUGCAACAAGCUGCCACUGCUAAAGUCAUCCGGUUACUGGCUGAAGAUAAUGAAGAAAUUAGCAGUGAUCUGCUCGCUCUUGAAGUGGUCCAGGGUCUCUUAUCUGCUAUGGGCAACAGAGAACACAUCGAAACCCAAAUACAAGCCAGUCUUGCAUUAGAGUUCUUUGUUAGAUCCUACCCCAUUAUCCAACAACCUGUUAAAAGAGUCAUGGGAGAUACUCUAUUUUCAGCCUUUUUGAUCAGUCCUGAAAUGCUGUACAAGACUUUGAGUGAAACACAGGCAGAAUUUCUGUUGUGCAACAACAUUAUAACAAACACAGGAGUGGAUGGGGAAAAUGGGACCCAUUCAGUAAACCUCGAAGGCUGACAUUUACUGUUUUACACAAACUAUAUAAAUUGCUGGUGAUUGAAUGAAGAAUGUAACUUAGAG